AAUGGUUGGCAGACGUUUCAAUGGCAGUGUAGAAAUGGCGGGGCUAGGGUGUGGGAGUUUUGGGCUCAGUAAUAAUGUGACGCAAAAUAAAUCUUAUAUUCAUGUGAAGUUGACGGAUUCAGCGUUUAGAGCGAUAGAGGAUUACAUACGGAUAAAGAAAUGUCGUGGAUCAAACAGCGCAGACCCUCAUCUCACUCGCGUGUGUCCUCAGCUUAAAAAUACUGCUGCCAGUCCAAAGAUCUCCUUCCGCGGAAAUGAAGGGGAAAUCCAGAUCCCCGGGCGCAACAAUGGAGGCUCCAAGUUUGCCUUUUCUCUGCAAAGCAUCCAGGAUCCCGAUGGGCCGCAGGGCAGCUUCGAGUUCAUCAAGCAAUUUGGCUCCAGAGCACUGGAAUCUCUUGGACCAAUGGUAGGCAAAGUGUGGAUCCAGGCAAAGGAUGAUUCAUAUGAGAAGACCCGACAGAGCAUGGAGAAUGCCAAGAUUAAGAACCAAAUGAACUGUGUUAAGGAAGUAAAGACCAAUUCCAGCAGCCCUUUUGUGCGUCAACGAUCCUUCCCUGUCAAAAAGUCCUCAACGCUGGUAGUUCCACCACCAAAGAAGGAAGUUGUAGCUGAAUUACCAUCUAAUAAUAGAUACAAUCAAAACACAUCCAAUUCACCACAAAGAACACACACCGGUGGAACGGUGGGUAACACUCCGCCAGCUGGUAAACCACCGCCACCGCCACCUCCACCUAGUACUGUUACUGCUAAGAAGAGUAACCCUGAUCUAGUUAGAAGACCUCUUAGAGAAAGAAUCAUCCAACUUCUGGCUGUGAAGAAUUACAGGAAACCUGAGAUAUUAAAUAAAUUAUAUAGUGAUGGAGUUAAGGAGAAAGACAGACGUCAGAUGACAAGUGUUUUAAACAGCGUCUCACAAAUCAAAGAGAACAUCCAUCAUCUUGCCCGACAUCUCUGGAGUGAAGUUAAAGAAGAUUGGCCUUUCUACACGGAAAAGGAGAAGGAAGUUGUUAAAAGAAUGAAGCCACAAAGUUUAACUCCACCCAGUGGUGAUAGUGGUCAGUCCCCAACCUCUACUCACUCUUUGUCCCCAUCUUCAAGCUCACAAGGUGUUAAACGCCCUCAUGAGGAAACAAUAGAUCCUACAGUCAAAAGAGCUCGGGGUUCUCGUUGGACUGGUACAAAAUCCAGGAGAGAGAAUUCUCGGUCUGAAACCAGAUCCAGCAGUAACUUGGAGCUUAAUACCCAGCCUGAUAACAAGCCAAACUCUUAUUCGCUGAACUCUUGCUCAAAUAACAAACAGGUGAGCAAUGGACGACACCACCAAGAUGAACGGCCUCAGAUAAAUGGCACCACAAGUCCAAAUAGGAAGCCAUCUUCCACAUCACCCAUCAGUCAAGGUUCACCACGGCAUCACCUCAAUGGCUUACACACUCACCACACCUCAGGAAACCAUUCGCCCAUUAAUGGUGUGACUAAUGGCCUAACUAAUGGCCAUGGCAACCCUCACCACAGGACUAAUGGACAUACCAGAUUGGAUCCUUCAACACCGAAUUCAUCCCCAGAUAGUCAUUAUGGUGGGGAGGAGAUGCAACCAGAAUACCAAAAGAAUUACUCAACAAUUGUGUCGGUGGAACAACGAAGUCGAUAUAAAGCUGACUUUAAUGAACAAUAUCAAGAGUAUCUUGAGCUACAUGGUUUCAUACAAGAACGAACGCAGCCAUUUAGUAACCUUGAGGAGCGGCUCAAGAAUGAAACUCAUGGUUCCGUGGAGUAUAAUGAUAUACGUGCCCAAAUCCUCACAAAGUACGAAGCCACUCAGCAAGAUCAAGAAUUCCAACGGAAAAAAAAGCGGUACACUUACCUACACGAAAAGUUGGCACAUAUCAAGAAGUUGGUGCGAGAGUAUGAUGCUACACAUUCCUAGCACCGGUUAUCCACCCUCGCACCGCCACUCCGGCACCCAGCUCGCCAGCCCCACAAAGUCCCAAAGAGGGGGAAGGAUCUGUAGUGGUUACCGAACUGUGCCUCAGCUUUUUAAUAUGGUAUCACGUGAAAAAAAUGAAAGAAAAUAUUUAAUCUAAUAAUCAAGUGAAAAACUAGUGAUAUUAAAAAAUGGAAGAGGAAGAAAAUAUUGUAUAUGUUGCUGAAGAUAUUUCCUGUUUAAAGGAUAAUUUUUUCAGUUGUCAAUAAAAUAUGAUAUACGUGACUAUUUCAAUUUAAUUCACUGGAAGUGAAAAUCCUCUGCCAUUGUUUCAAUAUUAUUCCCCCACUGUAAUUAAGAAAAUGGGUUGGGUGCAGCAAAGAAUAUAUUUGUGGGUGGUUCAUACGCGGUGUGUGUGGUGUGUGUUUGCGUGCGUAGUGGUGUGCCAAGAGAUGAGGAUAACACCCACCUUUACCUUGGUGUGUUCUCAAGUGCUUUUCCCCAUACUUCCAGCUGUGUUCUCCCUAAUGUGCUUUGCCCUGGGUGAGUUUCACACAUGACAUAAUAUUGGUGGUGUGGGUGUAUGAUGUGGUAGUCCUCCUGACCACAUCCAGACAAUAUACUAUUUAAAGGAGGAGAAACAGACCCAUCUAGUACCAUUUGUUCUGGUACUAGUUGCAAGGAAGAGAAUCAACAGGAAAAGAUUCUUAAGAAAUACAGUUCUGUCAGACCUGCCAAUUGUAUAAAGUGAACAGUGGAUAAUGUUGAAUAUAUUGUAUAAAGUGUAAAGGUAUUCUAUUUUAUUAGAGUACUCCAUCGAUUAUGGACGAGAGUUUUAAGCUCUUAGUUCCAUAUACUUAGUAUGAAUGUAUAUUUUAUAUCAUUCCAUGAGGAGAUCAGGCCCCAAAUGUAUGGAUAGUGCUUCAAUAUGAUUGGUUUUGGAAUAUGCCAAGUUAGAAGUGUCAUAUGUCAUACAUGACGUAAGAGUUGAUAUAAUUGUGAUACCAUGCAGUGCUGUUUUAGCGUUGACUUGGAUACCUCUUCGUGUUGUUAGAAAGUAGUGAGUGACCUAUAUUGUUCUUGUCAGGGCAAGUGGUGUUUAUCUCAUUAAUGGCAGAGUCAAGGUGACUCCAGCCCUUCGCUCAAUGGGUCAGGCCUUGUGUCCUUGCUUGGUUAAGCCCACUAGACCAAUUCUUAUGCCCAUUUCACAACUCCUUUACCCGCUUGUCCCUCUUGAUGGAGGAGAGUAGGGAAAAUAAGUCCCCGAAUUGCCUAUCCACACUUCAUACCAAAAGUUUGGAAGUGAUAAUUUGACUAGACUGUUAGACUGUGACUUUAUGACUACAUGAUAUAAGAAUUUGUGAUUACAACCAAAAAGACAAUGAUUACUUUGAUUACUUAGUAUCUGGAUAGGGUAGUGUAAGUUGUGUGCCACCAUGAUAAUCAUAUGAAGUAACAGAAGCCAGUAGUAGAUUCUGGAAAAACUAUUCCUUUUAUAAAAUUUGAAAUAUUUGUCAGUUACAAUGUAUUCAUUGAUUUCUUUUGCACUUUACUAAAAUCAUUAUUUGAACAAUUAGUUGUUAAGAAUGUACUGUAUUACAAAACACAACACAUCUGCAGGUUUUUCUUCUUUUUAUGCGAGUACAAGCAUUAAUCCCAACACCCAGCUAAUGAAAUGAAGAAAGAAAGACACAGUCAGGCAAGGUUGUUAUGUUUUUGAUUUGUUAAAAUGCUGGUUCUAGUGUCAUGCUGGGGUACAAACUAAUUUUUUUUUGACUUGAGUGAAAUUCUACAAAAAUGGAGUAUAUCACAAAAUAAGCAUGUUUUUUUUUUUUUUUAAUUUCAUUGUUCAACAACAAAUAGAUGGUUGGCAUGUGUAUGCAGUAUUAUUGGAUUAUAAAAAAGGUUGAUCUGGAAUAAGAUAAUGUGUUAGACAAUAAUUAAUUAAGUGAAAAAUACAUUGUUUAUUAAAUUUCAGAGUAAUGGUGGUGUUCUGUAAGGCAUUUCCUUCUUUCUGAAGCUAUUUUGACUAGCUACAACAAAUCAUCAGUGCCCAGCAGAAUGGGCAGAUAAGCUAUUUUGCCCAAAAUAUUCGACUGGUGCCCGUGAAGUUAAUCGCCUCCGUGAGUCUGUCCUUGAAAUGUGCCUGUAAUUAUUUUUUUUUCAUGGUUGUGAUCGCAGCAUAGCUGAAUUAACGUGUUUCACAGACGAGUUGUAGCUCUGCAUUAUUUAAUGUUACAGUGUAUGGAUGCAGGUAUGUAUAUUUGAAUCCAUAGUUUGCAAGGAAAACAUGAUGCUUUGCACUUCAUCCACUUAUGACAUUAGUAUUGCAGUUCCUCUCAGUGUUCUUGUCUUUGUGCCAGUCAUGCAAAGAUCCACUAUGUAUAAAAUCAACAUGCAUAAUGCUUGCUUCAGUCAGUGAUUACUCAAGAUUUUAAUUUUUUUUUUUUUACCAAAUUAUCAUUUAUACUUGGUUUAUUGUUUAAUAAUUAUAUUGUUCAGAGAUGUUCACCAGAGGUGUUCUGUUUUUUAUCACCUCAUCAUUUUAUUUUAAUAUAUAAAAGAGAUAUAUUAAUAUUGAUUAUGUUAGCAUGUUUGCUAAAUAACCAUUAAAUUGGUUUCAUAUAUUACUGAGUAACUGUAAACAAUACCUUUAAUUACUGAAAUUACUGUAUGUAGGGGAGAGUGAGAAUGUGAAAGUUAAGAAAAAAUCAAAUUACACAUAACUUUAACUUCAGUUUUGGAAUUAGUUACACAACUAUGAUGGACUCGCACACAUGAGUGGUCAGAGAAAAGUGAUAAAGAUUAGAAAGGUUAGAAAACAAAAAAGAUUAUUUUGUGGGUGUAUGUAUGUAUUUAAUGAGAUGUAAUUGUUGUGUGUAUGAUUGCUUAUUUGAGUUUGCAGUGGUUAGUGGAGUUGAGCUCUACCUCUUGGCUCAUUAUUGAGUUUUUUGCUGACAUGACAUUUUCUGUGAGUAGGCCCUUCCCUCAUUAAUGUCAUCACUUGGUAUUUAAUCCUCAUGUUAUUGAUGUGGCUAUGAAGUAAUUUUGGUUGUUUUUCAUUUUGCUGUAGUGCCAUUCUUUAGCUGUCUCUACUUUCCUCCUGAUCCCAAUGCAUUCUUUUCCUGCACUCUUGCUAGUUUUUCUCUUUUCUAGUGAGGGUUUCCAUUUUUAACUAUUUAAAACUAUUUAUCAGGAUCUUUGGGUAAGGAAUUUUCCAGUGAUCUCUGCAUAGCAUUGUUUCAUUAAAGAAAUGUUUUGUUACAUGGUGUUCACCUUUUUUCUACGCUGGUCUCAUUUCUCUUUAGUCUUUCUUGCAUUCCCAUCUCUGAGAUAGUGAAAUGUUAGUAUACUGUAAUUAUUUGUUUAUGGAGGGUAAUGUCCGACUGUUUGUGUUGAUGGAAAGUGAUGUCCAACUGUUUGUUGCCUCUUAUUUUUCCAACUAACUGAUGUAAUUGAGCUUUGUUAUAUCUUUUUUUAUUUUUUCAAUAUGAUUGAGCUCUGUUGUAUCUUUUUUCAGUGUGUCAUUGUUUUUUUUUCAACACGCUGGCCAUCUUCCACCGAGGCAUGGUGACCCGAAAAAGAAACACUUUCACCAUCAUUUACACUAUCACUGUCUUGUCAGAGGCAUGCAGAUAUGAUAGUUUAGAUGUCCCUCUAAACAGGAAAUAUUGAAUAAAUGUUUCUUGACCUCCCUAUGAUAUGUUUCAUAGUGUAAUUUCCAACCAUUCCCCCAUGUUUUUGUAGUCUUCUUGUAAAGAAUAUCCAUGUAUACACUGUUUAUGCCCUGUAGUAUUUUGCCUGUCAUGAUCACAUCCCUAUUUUAUUCAUCUCUCAUUCAGUGGGAGAAGGCCUAGUUCUCAUAUUCUUUCUUUGUAUCUCAUUAUCUUCAAUUCAGACACCAGUUUUGAUGUAUUUUUGUGCACACAUGCACUGUAUAUUGAAGAAUGGUUACAUGUAUGAAGUAUAAGUUUUUUUGAGUCUUUUGUCUAGCUUCCUAAUUUUUCUUGCUGCUGCUGCUGUUCCUUCUGGCACUCUUUGUUUUUGGCCUCCUCUCAUCCAUCUUCUACCUUCAUAACUUAGCUUUUGCUCUGGUUGAAUUUUAGUAUCCAUUUAUGUGAGCCUUCUACUUGCAGCAUGCUUUUAUUCACUUCGGUUUGUAUUCUCAAUAUUUUUGCAUUAUCCACAAAGAUAUAUAAAUAUUAACUCCUGUAAUCAGGUUCAUUCCCUGUAGUAACUGCUUUCUUUUAAAUUAAUCCUUAUCCAUGUGAGUACCUAUACAUUUUACCUCAACUUGCUUUACCAAUAUGUGAAGUAUUAUCCUAUGUGACAUUCUAUCAAGAAGACCCUUCCCCCUCCUUUUACUUUGUAAUACCAGCUGUUUCCCACUACAGUGGGCCCCCGGUUUACAAUAUUAUUUCAUUCCAGAAGUAUGUUCAGGUGCCAGUACUGACCGAAUUUGUUCCCAUAAGGAAUAUUGUGAAUUAGAUUAGUCCAUUUCAGACCCCCAAACAUACACGUACAAACGCACUUACAUAAAUACACUUACAUAAUUGGUCGCAUUGGGAGCUGAUCGUAAACCGGGGGUCCACUGUAUUUUCACCAUUGACUCUGUCACUGGUUUGCUUAAGGUGUGCCUACAUUACAGCUUAGAUGCCCCUCCUUCAGAGAGCAGGACUCAAGUCUGGCUGAUUGGGAUUAGUUAUCAGAAGCCUUGUUGCAGUUUAUUACAGUACCAUGCUGAGUUUGUGGAUUUUGCAUUUCAGCUCUUGUGCCACCCUCUUAACUUUCUGUUUGCUGACUUAAUUUGAUUCUGAUAUCUCUGUUUAAAUUUAAUGUGAUUAAUUAUUUUAGUUCCUUACUAUGUUGCUUUAAAGUAUUUCCUGACAUCUGUCACUUAAUAUGAAUAUCAUACUCUAUGAAAUCCUACUGGUAUAUUAGCCUCUCAUCCUUCUGAAUUUUUCACAUUAUUUAAAAGAUUCCUUACUGUUGAGUUCAUGAAUUUAGCUAUUCGUGUUCCUCCCCCCCCCCCUUUCCAUGUGGCUUUCCAUGAAUAGUGGCUUUUCUCCAGUCAUGUACUUAUCACUGUAAACCAUGUUAUAUGUCAUGCUCUGGUCAAGUUUGACUACUGUUUGGAGGAAAGUGUGUUGAUGGUCAGUAGGUGCUUUCCAUAAACAUGCUUAUGCCACAAAGCAUCAUAUCUUCUAUCUUGCUUAAAAUUUUUUUUUUUACACAGAUCACCAAAUCACAGAAUGGGUGGUGCUCGAACCCAAGGAAAGCGAGCCCUAAACUCAUGUUGUGAUUUCAUCAGUUUUUUUUUCACUUGUCUGUACUUAAGGGCACUACUCUGUCACAGUUCUAUGUGAGAGUGCCCCAGUCUUUAAGGUUUUAGAUAGCCAUGAUGACACUACAUAUCCAUGACACGAACAGUUUUAUAUCAAAUCAUUUGCCCAUUCCACUACUUCCUCAUGCACAGUUUCCUCUUUUAUUACUGAAUUCCUUCACAAUGCACACAAAUCUUCAAAUCUCAAGAAUAUUUCAUACAUUAUUCACAUUUGCAAAAGUAAAACUUCGUUCUGGUUAAGGACCUUCUACACAAAUUGUCCAAAAGCAGAAUACUACUUAUUCAUUAGUUUCCAUGCCUGUUAGCAUCGAACACAGUUGACAAAUGAGCAGUCAGACACACAAAUAGCUAAGCUGCUGGAGAAAACACAAAAGCAUAAGUCAUAUGCUGUAUACACAAUGUUGUUCUUAGGAUUGAUACAUGUAAACCAUGGAGUAAGCUUCAGUUUGUAUCUGUUAUCUUGUUUAGAUUCUAGCUUGAUAUUUUAAUGAAGGAAUGGUUACUGUCACUGGAUUGGAUUACUGUGAAUUACUCCUUACUGAUAAUUACAAUAUUGGCCUAGAUAUUUUUUAUUCAUAAUUAAAUUUUUUAAAGUCUCAUUUUCAACAGUUUUAUACAUAUUAAAUUUUUUUAAUAAGCUAAAGUUUUGGUAAAUUUGAAUAGUACUAAAGUUCUGAUAAUUUUUAUUAAAUUAUUUAAUUUGUUUCCAUCAGUUGCAAUUUUAAAAAACUAAACAGUGAUUUCACUGCCUAGAUUUAAAAGUAGAAUAAGAAAUUGUGAUAAUUGAAAAAGGAAUAAAUAAUUUGUUAGUUUGCCAUGUUGAUAGAAUAGUACUUUUUUGUGUUUAGUCAUUUGCUGCUUGUCUUUUAAACAUAUUUUGCUAUUGCUGAAUGAUUUGAGAAGUGUUAAUGCUGGCUAUAGUGAGUUAUUUCUCACAGUGUAAUCCAGGUAGACUCCAGUCCUUGGCUCAAGUAAAUGUGCCACUGAAUUAAUAUUGUAAGUAUAGUGGUUCAUUAGACUGGGAUUUGGCUUCAUAGGUAUUAAUUGUGGAUGACUGGCACAUAUUUGGUUCUCUUCGUGGUAUGUUUUGUGUUGAAAGAAUAGUAAUAUAGUGAAUUUUAUCUACCCAGUUGUGUAUUUGUAAGGAUCUAAGUAUCCGCCAGUUAUUUAUUUGCUCAGUGAAUUACAUAUAGAAAUAAAGAAUGUCUAUGUAUGUGACUUUGACUGUUGUGACCUUGACAAUGAGACUUUUAUUAUAUUUCUGACAUGAAGACAUCUAAGCUUCCCUCUUGUUAGGUGCCAUAAAUCAGAAUGUAUUAGCUAUUCUUACAGCUUGUCUGGAAUAUGAACUUUCAGGACAGUUGACCUGUAAGUUAUUUUCAAUAGGUACAUAAAUUUGUAUCUGGGGUAAAGUUGACAUUAUGGGUUAGGUCUUGGAUCAGUGAAGUAUAUUACUGGAGUUGUGGGCAAAUUAUAUAUUUAAUAAGGCUUCACUGUGCCCCUGAAAUUUUGCAAUGUUUAUGUCCUAUCAAGGAAGACACAUUAGACUUAGUGACUGACAAGACUUGGAGCACAAAAUGCUGCCAUGGUUUGCAAGGCUGAUGUCAUCAUGCUGGCUCUGUUGCACACUCACUCCACAAACUGUCAUCAGUUCAACUGCUCUUUAUUGUAGUUCUCAGAUAAUAUGUAUUGGAUUAUCUCUACUAGCAUUCAUGUUUGUGCACAGGUAUAUUCAUAUGUUAUCUUACAUUCAUAUAUCCCCCCCCCCCCACACACACACAUUCAUUCAUUCAUUCAUUCAUUCAUUCAUUUCAUUUCCCUCAAUUUUUUUUCUUCAGUUUUUCCUGUACUUCGUUCUCACCCAUCCCAACGCCGCAUUCUUCCCCAUCCCUCCAGCUCAUAAUCUUCCCCAUCCCUCCAGCUCAUAAUCUUCCCCAUCUUCUCUCCAUAUGUUUUCCCUUUCUCUGUUCUGUCUUUAAACA